GUCCCCAAUGACUGCAGGCCAGAACCAAAACUUGGCGGCACUCAACCCAACGACAGUCUACCAUGAAGUAAUGCAAGCCACUAGCCAAAUGGCAUUGAACGCUUCGGGGUACUUGGGAAAUCAAGGCGCAGCAGCUCCGCAAGAGCUGAUGCAACAGUUUCCUUAUGACAACAACCCCGAGUUACUGAACCUGCCCAGUCCUAUGGAAGCUAUGCUUGACAUCUCUGAGUUCUUCGACGCUGUCGGCCUGGACUUCCAACACGGAUUCGAUCUUUCCCCGUCCACAGGAUUCGCUACAGAGCAUUUUCGUGAAUCCGAACAUAUAAUUUCAUCAGCUCCAAGCACGGGUCGGUAUCAGUCAACUCCUGAAAGUCAAGAACUGGCGUCGAGUGAAUCCUCACGGCUGCAAAGUAUCAAUCCGAUCCCAGAUGCUGAUACCGGUGAAGUGAACGAAUCUCAACGAAGUCAAUUCAUUCAGUAUCUCAACCCAUACGCUGCGGCGCUAGGAUCAUUCAAACUUCCUUCCAGGUUAUCGUUGUCAAGAUACAUUGCUGGUUAUAUUGACGGAUACAACGACCACCAUCCUUUCAUGCAUAUGCCAACCUUCUGCAUGAAGUACUAUCGAGAGUCUCCAGAGCUAGUGUUGGCGCUCCUAGCCGUCGGUGCUCAACUUCGAUAUGAGACACGCAACGCUUCCGCAUUGUACCGAGCUGGAAGGGCAAUAAUCUUGCAUCGACUUGAAUCAGGAGAGUUGGCAACCCAGCCUGGGGGAUUAUGUGGAAUAUCCAGGCCGUCUAACCCUCUUUCCUUGACAGGAGAAGAAGCUUAUUCCUCUGCUGCAGCCUCACGCCUUGACACUAUGAAAGCAAUCUUGUUGUUGGCAACCUAUUCUACCUGGCAAGAGGACCCUUGUCUCGUUCGAGAGUCUCUCGAGUACCCAGGCCUCCUCGCGCGGUGUCUGCGGGAGAGCGGGCUCGUAAACGAUGCCUCUCACAACGACAAUGACCUGGACUGGCAUUCCUGGGCACGAGCCGAGUCAGACCGCAGGGCGAAGCUCGCUGCAUUCUGCUUCUUGAACCUUCAAACACUAGUCUUCAACGUUCCGCCGGUCAUAUUGGCGAAUGAGAUUGAUCUUUGGCUGCCAGUAACUUGUGAUGAAUGGCUGGCGCCUAGCGCUGCACUGUGGCUAGAGGCUCGUAGCAAGAGUCCGGCGCUCGUUCGCUUCCAAGAGGCGUUUGUCAACUUGGUCCAACCUCGCACGAAAGAAUGUCCAGUUCCUUCACCCUUUGGAAAUUUCGUGCUGAUCCACGCGAUCCUACAGCGCCUCAUAGUCGCAAAACAACUCUCAUUGGAUCCUGCAUCCCCGGGGUAUGCACCCGAAGAGGUCGCAAAAUUCGAGUCAUCGCUGCACCGGUGGCGUGACCAGUGGUGCAAGGCUCCCGAGUCCGUUUUAGACGUUAGGCAUACCAAGGGGUCUCUCUCUUGGACAGCGACGUCUUUGCUUGGGUUAGCUCAUGUACGCUUGCAUUUUGCUUCCAGAAGACCGCAAGAGCUUUGUUCCGGAAACCCAAAGACCAUUGCAGGCAACGCUUGGGAUGCUCAGCCGCCAGAACGUGGGCCUCAGCUCGUCUACGCUCUUCUGCAUGCAGUUCACGCAUUGAACAUUCCUGUGCAACUCGGUAUCGAUUACUUGGCCAGCUGCCAGGCGUUCUUCUGGAGCCUGCAACACUGCUUUUGUUCCUUUGAGGCAGCAGUGUUUCUCAGUAAAUGGCUGUAUAUGCUCGCAGAAACGCAGGAUAUGGGAGAGUUAGAUAUAAAUGAACGCCAGAUAAUCAGGUGGAUAGAGUGUGUUGUUAACGAGGCUUUGGCUUCGGUCGAAGCCAUUGACGGUUUCGACCUGAGCACCAUGGAAGACAACACCUCGCACUCUCUGGAAACUCUUGGUAAUCUGGUGAUCAAGUUAUUCGCCAAGAUGUUUGAAAGAUGCAAUAGUGCCUGGCCGAUUAUGAGGACGAUCGGUCAAAGUCUACACGAAUAUGCGAGUCUUCUGGACGAAUAUGGCAAGUCGCCAAGCCAUGAUGAGAGAGGCAUUGAUGUCAGUGUGACAACACGAAGCAAAUAG